GCGGGCCGGCGGUCGGGCGCGCGCUUCGCCCGCCGCCGCCGCCAGAUCGAAGCCUAAUUGGCGGGGCCUGGAGCCGGGCAGCGUCAGGCCCCUGGCAGGCAGCAGACGGCAUCGCGCCUCGCCUCAGACCAGAGCAAGGCAGGGGAGGGAAGGCAACAGCACAACGAGCAAGUUGCCGGUUUAAGCAGUGACUGGGCCCGCCCAGCGGGGGAGGGCGCCGAGUCCAAGGGCGCGCCUCGGGCCCCGUACUGAGGUAAUUGAAGGGCGGGCCGAACUAGGCCGGGUUAAGGCCGCAGUUAGGCCGCGGCCCUGUUCCUCGCUCCAGCCCCGACAGACUCGAUGUAAGGCCUGAAAUCUCAACGGACCAAAGGGAAGAAGCCCACCGAGAAAGGGAGGGAGAGACGGGGGAUAUUUUCGUCGUUCAGUCCCAGACUUUCGGCCGUAGAGAAGGAGGAGAACGGCAGCCCCGAGGGAGAAACUGGAACUGAUGAAAGCUAUAAAUCAUGGAUCAAAGAGGGGGAGGACUUGAGCUGCAUUCACAGGAAUCAAAAGUUUCUCAUGCAAUGAUUAUGCAGGACUUCGUGUCUGGAAUGGCUGGCGCAGCCCACAUUGAUGGAGAUCACAUUGUUGUAUCUGUGCCUGAUGCAGUGCUCGUCUCAGAUGUCACUGGGGAAGAGGUUACAUUAGAACAUGGUCUUACAACUAACAUCGAUGAAGUUGUUCAGGGCCCGGAUAUUAUAGCUGAAAGUGAUGAUGUGACGGAUGGUGUGAUGGUCUCGGACUCUGUCCUAGAAGCAAAUGUUACCAUUGAAGAAGACUUGAAUACCAAUUCAGUUCCUGACCAUGUUCUGGCUUCAGAUCUUAUAACAGAAACUGUUGAUGUUCCAGAUCAAGUACUAGUGUCAGAUCUUGUAUCAGUGCAGGAUGAGGAACAGUUCGAACAUGUAGUCCAGGAUUCUGUUACAGAUGUUCUCUCUCCUGCGAUGCUCACAGAAGAAGUUAUGGAAGUAGAGUCUGUGUCAGAGUCUGUGAUUCAAAACCAUGAUUUAGUAGUUCAAAAUGAAGAGACUGUUUCUGGCCCAACCAUGACUAUUGAAGCCCAAGUAGAUGGAAAAGAAACAUCUGAGGAUUUCUUAAUGAUAUCCUUGGAUGACGUUGGAGAGAAGAUGGAUCGUAUGGAAAAUGCACCAAUAAAAAUAAGCACUGAUAUUGAACAAGAUGAUUCUUCUAAAGAAGACGGAUUUGGGGCUGAGGUCAUAAAAGUGUAUAUUUUUAAAGCGGAACCUGAAGAUGAUGUGGAAAUAGGAGAAACUGAAGUAGUUGCAGAAAAUGAAUAUCAGAAUGGUCAUGCCAUAACCAGUAUGCUCGAUCAAGGGAAUGUUGGCCGAAUGUCUCGGGAAAAGAUGGUUUAUAUGGCAGUUAAAGACCCAUCUCAGGAAGAUGACAUUAAUUGUGCUGAUAUUGCUGAUGAAGUUUAUAUGGAAGUCAUUGUUGGGGAUGAGGAAGCAGCAACAGUGCAUGAGACACAGAUUGAGGAUUCUGGCAUCAAUAAAGCCUUUGUACCUGUUGCAUGGGCUGCUGCGUAUGGUAACAACUUUGAAGCAAAGAUAGAGAAUAAGAAUGGCACAUCGAGUCAAUUCCUACAAAUAAGUGACAGCACAAGCACUACCAGAGCACUAAAGCAAAAAGCCAGGAAGAAGAGAAGGGGUGAAGGCAGACAAUGGCAUACCGCUGUCAUUAUAGGACCUGAUGGACAACCCAUAACUGUAUACCCCUGUCACAUCUGUGGAAAGAAGUUUAAAUCAAGGGGUUUCUUGAAAAGACAUAUGAAGAAUCAUCUGGAGCAAAGUGCAAAGAAGAAGUAUCAGUGUACAGACUGUGACUAUACAACAAAUAAAAAAGCAAGUUUUCACAAUCAUUUGGAGAGUCACAAGCUCAUCAACAAAGGAGAGAAAACAUACGAGUGCAGUGAGUAUGGGAAAAGAUUCACUCAGGCAGGGACACUGACCACUCACAAACUGGUUAACAGAGAAAAAGAAACUAAAAUGCAUAAAUGUAAAUUUUGUGAUUAUGAGACAGCUGAACAGGGUCUUCUCAAUCGGCACCUGUUGGCAGUGCAUAGCAAGAAUUUUCCACACAUUUGUGUGGAAUGUGGGAAAGGAUUCCGUCAUCCAUCAGAACUCAAGAAACACAUGCGAACUCAUACUGGGGAGAAACCAUAUCAUUGUCAGUACUGUGAGUAUAGGUCUGCCGAUGCUUCUAAUCUGAAAACUCAUGUGAAAACCAAGCACAGCAAUGAGCUGCCAUACAAAUGUGACCACUGCCCGCAAACAUUUUUGGAUGACAAAGAUCUGCAAAAGCAUGCCACUUUAUUUCAGGCACAUAGGACACAUCAAUGCACUCAUUGUGACCACAGGAGCUCCAAUUCUAGUGACCUUAAACGUCAUAUAAUAUCUGUGCACACCAAGGAAUUCCCACACAAAUGUGAGGUGUGUGAUAAGGGAUUUCAUCGUCCAUCGGAGUUGAAGAAACAUAUGUCAACUCACAAGGGUAAAAAGCUUCAUCAGUGCAGGCACUGUGAUUUCAAAAUUGCAGAUCCUUUUAUACUCAGUCGCCAUAUUCUUUCAGUUCACACUAAGGAUCUUCCUUUUAAAUGCAAAAGAUGUAAGAGAGAGUUUCGACAGCAAAGUGAACUUAAGAAGCACAUGAAGACACAUAGUGGGAAGAAAGUUUACCAGUGUGAAUAUUGCGAGUAUAGCACUACUGAUGCUUCGGGCUUCAAGCGCCAUGUAAUUUCUAUUCACACAAAGGACUAUCCUCACCGUUGUGAGUUUUGUAAGAAAGGUUUUCGUAGGCCUUCUGAAAAGAACCAGCAUAUAAUGCGGCAUCAUAAAGAGGCUAUAAUGUGAUGUACAGGUGUAAACAUAUUUUACACAAACUUAAUUAACUGAGUUAAUUGGCAUGGCUCGUGAACUGUUUCUCCUGGUCUCGACUUGAGUGUUGUUUCUCGACCUACCUUUCAUCCUUUAUUAUAAGUUGUCAAAAGGUAUGAGAAUUGGGAGGCGGAGUCAAUUGUACAAAUGUUUUGGUUUCUUUACAGAAUCUAGGAAGUAGUGUUCUGGGAUUGCCAUAAUUGUGAAGCCAUUAAGUGAGUUCAUUGUCUUUUUUUUUUUAACAAUUGUGGGUGUCUUGAGUUUGUCUCACAUGUAGCUGCAAAAUAUUCUAUUCCACAGCAAUGCUAUAAAACUCACAAUUAGACCUUUUAAAUUUGUUUCCAUUUUACAGUUAAUCCUGGUAAAUUAUCUGAUUACUGGAAUUGAUGUUUAAAAACAUCUUUUAAACUUUUUUUUAAUCAAAAAUAAAUCCCAAUGAAUAGUUAUUUGUGAUAAAUAGUCAACAAGUACAGACCACGUUCCAAAAUGCUUGUAAAAAGACUGGUUCAGUGGAUUUGGGAUUUAUUUUACUUUAUUCCUUAUAGGUGCUGCAGUUGAGACAGAUUUGCUAUUUUACUAUCAAUGCAAGAAUGGGUCUACGCAGCCAGUGUAGAUUAAUUUCGUACUCUUAAGAGUUGGACUGCUUUUUACUAUAGGGCAUGUAUGAUAUUUUUAUGCAUCCCUCUGCAAAUACUCAUGAUCCGUAAACAAUAUAACAUGGGAGUACUUCGGGAACCAAACAAUUUGGUUCAGGGCUAUUUAAUGGAUACAAGAUCUUGUUUUGACAUUGUUAUCCAUAUAAUGUAUAGGAAGUGGUAUGAUGGAUAUAGUUUUUUUUUUUUAGCUGGUUACUGCUCACACAUUAAAUGGUUGUUCACUUUGUGAAUUUUUAACUUUGUUCAUUGUAUUGUGGUAGUUUUGUGUUUCUUCAAAUGUUGUCAAUUUUCGUUUUGCACCAGAUGAGAAUCAGUUGCUCGAGAAUUCAAAAUGUUCUAUUUUCAAAAUUCAGAAUGUUAAUUUAGCAAUGCCUCUUAGAUUUAAGAAAACACGUGUGUUUUAAUGUGGCUGCAAAGGUUGUACACUCUGUAAAAUAAGAAAUCUUUUGUCACUGUUCUGUGGGAUUACUAUUUCUAAAUGUUCUUAAUGUGAUGAGUAUAUCAAUAAAACUACAUCCGUUGCACUGAAA